ACCAUGAAUAGUUAACUUACUACACGUAUUGAACCUUUUGUUGCACUUUUUAUUCCUUUAGCAAAUUAGGGUUUCUUCUUAACUUCUUUUGUUGAACUCCCAAGUCCCAUAGAAUCCGCAAAUUUAGAAUUUAGACACUAUUUCUCUACGUAUAGAACUUGUUCUAGAUCCGUCUCUACGAGAUGGGGAGAGGUAGGGUUGUGAUGAAGCGGAUCGAGAACAAAAUACGCAGACAAGUUACUUUCUCAAAGAGACGAUCGGGUUUAUUGAAGAAGACUAACGAGAUCUCUGUGCUAUGUGAUGCUGAGGUGGCAUUGAUUGUCUUCUCCCCAAAUGGCAAGCUCUUUGAGUACUCAACUCAAUCCAGCAUGGAAAAUAUACUGGAAAGAUACGAAACUUACUCAUAUGCGGAGAGGAACUUGAAUGCAAAUGACUCUCAAACUUAUAAGGAAAACUGGACUCUCGAGUGCCCAAAGCUCACGGCAAGGGUUGAAAUUCUGCAAAGAAAUAUAAGGCAUUUCAAGGGAGAGGAUCUAGAUGCCUUUAAUCUGCGUGAGUUUCAGGGUUUAGAGCAACAACUCGAUAUAGCUCUGAAGCGAAUUCGAACCAGGAAGAACCAGCUGAUGCAUGAGUCCAUUUCCCAGCUGCAGAAAAAGGAAAAAGAACUGCAAGAGAGAAACAACUUAAUUUCCAAGAAGCUUAAAGAAAAUGAGAAGCAGCAAACUGUGCAACAGCCGCAGUGGGGGCAAACUAAUCCAGGCCAAAGUUCUACCAUGACUUUCUUGCAACAAUCUCCCACUGUCCCUAACCUAUCAAUUGGCGGUCCUUUUCAAGCAACUGAUGAAGGUCAGGAUCGUCAUGGUUCUAAGACCUUGAUGCCUCCAUGGAUGUUCCACCAUGUCCACAGUAACAAAGGAUGAAAAGUUAAAUCUUUUCCCUCUACAGGAGUAUAUAAUACAUAUAAAAUCACGAUUGUACGACUAUUUAUUCUUCUAAUUGUAAUCAACCUAUAAUUAACAUGCACCUACUUGCUCAAUUUAUAUGGAGCAGAUGAUAAGCUAAUUAGCAAACAGCCUUAAUAGUUUUUAUGAUCUAUUAGAACUGUUAGUUUUGUGUUUGCUACAAUUGAAAAUAUUUUUCAAUGUUUGAUGUUUAGUGAAAAAUAUCUUUUGUAAGGUAUAUAUACAUAUCAAGGAUAAUGUGAGAGUCUAAGAGAUAUCCCUCCAAA